GGCUGAGAAUCGCUCCGUCGUUUGAGUUGAUAGAGAGACACGGGGCGCGACGCUGAAGCUGGGCUGGGCCGGGCUUGACUGGCUGAAUAUUGAGGCGCUUAGUUCUAGAAACAAGAGAUGUGGCGGGGCGAGGUUUGUGUCUGGCUUUCUGGGUUUCUGGGAGGGGAAGAAACUCUCUUGUCGGUUUAUGACGGCGACGAGUUUUUUGCAGGGCGAGUUGGUGCGGGACGAAGAAUUUUAUACGGGACCACGCACGAGAGAGAAAGAAAAAAUGAAAUGCAUUGGGGUGCUGGGGAAAGAUGGACAGGCCUUGCAGAGGGUACAGGUACGGGCACAGGUACAGGUACGGGCACAGGUACAGGUACAUUGGCGCAAUGGCUGGGGAGGAAAGAGUGGGACUCACGAGAGCGUCAGGGUUUAUGUUAUUUUGGAGCGCGACCAAAGCGAGAAACCCAGCGCUGUGGGAGCCAGACAGAGUGCAGAGGCAGCACAGUAUCGUUCCAGCGGAGGUACGAUCCGAUAGCAAGGAGAGUACAGUACUGCAGAGUCUGACCCAGUGCCAGUGCCAGUGACGCUGAGGGGAGGGGGUGUGGCAAUCGGGUUAUUUCCGUCGUAGCGCGAGCGAGUUCUGCGCUUGGAGGAGAGAUUCCGGCACUUCAAAGUCUGGACGAGAGACGGGCUCUUGUUGUGGUGCCAAUUGCCUGCGCGUUCCUGGAGCUUGAGAGGCGCGUUGCAGGCACUCAAGCAGUCAAUCAAUCAAUCAAUUCCCUUGCCUGACGACUGGGGGGGUCCGGCGUUUGUUGGUGCAGGAUCACGGUGAGGAGUG